CUCUGCUUGAAAAAAUUGCUGUGGCUAUCGAAAAAUGACUUCCAUCAUGCUCCCUAACACCGUGGAGUAUGCCUGCGUGUGUGGAUUACUUAAUCCGCUCACCAAGCUCUACUUUUGUCGUUACUGCAUGAAGCUGCGCUGCGGAUUCUGUGUCUGUCAUGAGGUUGACUCCCACUUUUGCUCCAAUUGUUUGGAGAACAUUCCCUCGUCGGAAGCCAAGAUCCGCAAGAACCGUUGCAAUACGUGUUUCAAUUGUCCCAGCUGUCAACAUACACUUUCGGUGCGCGCUUCCAGCGCUGCGGUUCCAACACCGGUGACCGCGACGGCGGAUUCGCCAGCCACUAGUGUCGGAGACGAUCAAAAGAAAGAAGGCACCCCGGACUCCACGGGUACGGGCUCGAAGCAAGUCACCCGUAAAAUGUACUAUUUAGCGUGUUUGAACUGCCGCUGGAGUUCGCGAGACGUCGGCAUUCCCGACCAAACAGUAGCGACCGGCCAGUGGCCGGUAGCGGAGUACGCUAACGCAACCCGGUUUGCGGUCCUGCUCGAGCACUACCAGUCGGUAGUGCUGCACGAGAAGCAGGAAAAGCAAGAACUUUGGCGCCGCAAAACACCGAAGCAAAGCAAAUUUCCCAGCCUAACCGAUCGGACCGGGCUGACGGUGUCGAUGAUUCGUCGGCAGAUGGGGUGGUCCGAUAGUAAGGCACAGAUUAAGGCGACUCCGUCGCCCAUCAAUCGUUCGGCAGCCACCGAAGCGGUGGAUGAACUUCCACCGGAAAUCUUUACUAAGGAAAUUAGUUUGAAAAAUAUUACGACUCUGCAGCAGAGAUUGGCUCAAGCGGCAAAACAGCCGUUUACCGUUAAUAAACUGUAUCCGCAGCAUAAGCUGCUGUCGAUCAAGCGGUCUUUACGCUGUCGCCAGUGUGAUCAUAACGUUAUUAAGUCGGAGUAUAAUCCAAGCUCGAUUAAGUAUCGUAUUGCUAUGUUUGCAGCCUAUCACGUACCGGAGGUACGUUUUGUCAAAUGUGAUCCACUCACAGUAGGCCAGGAAUCAACUUUGCUGUUGAAAAUGAUCAAUCCGACGAUUAAUGACAUGACAAUCACCAUAAUGGAAUUGCCAACCGAAACGGAGGAAAUUCUGAUGAUCGAAGAAUUGAAACUUUCGGCGGAGAACAGCGCUUCAUCGUCGCUGGUGAUCAGUGGGCUCAGCUCCAGCUUGGCCAAACAGGCCAACCUGCUGGAGGACCCUCGCAUGGUCGAGCGAAAGGUGAACGGCAGUUUCCGCCUGCCAGAUUCGUCGUUCGUUAUCAACCACCGGGACGAUUCGGCCGAGUUCGAUGAAGUGGUUCAAUCCCAGCAGGAGGAUCCCAGAUUCAUUAUUUGGCGUAAAGCCAAUCAAAUUGCAAUUAAAUUGGUGGUUCAACCGAACGAGGAUUGUUCGCCGGAUGAGGAAGUCUGCAUUGGAUUCUCGCUGCAGUACACUUACGUCAGCACGGUGGUUGAAAAGAGCAACACUCCUACCAGAGGACCGCAAAAGCAGGCCCUAACUACUCGGGUCUACGUCAAACUUGGAAAACCAAUCAAAGCCGAACCAGUUUCUGCCUAAUAAUCUCCGGCACAAAACAGUUAAUCCGCUAUUAUCGCUUAUUUAUUCGCGUUCCCAAUGUAUUCUAAUAAAAACAUUAUUUAUAA